UUCAAGUCUAAUUUUUUAUCGCGCAAAAUUCCCCACAUUGGACUUCAUCGAACGACCGUAUUCUUCAUCCCUCCUCAUUUGGAUCUACGCAAUAGGAUUUCCGAGAAAAUCACUUAUCGAUCUCCAAUUUCAUUCAUCGAAACGGAUCUUUGAGGAGGUAAAACAUGGGUUUAAAGCAGACGAUAAAGAGUCUGGAUGCGUUUCCUCGAGCGGAAGAACAUUUGUUGCAGAAAACACAAACUGGGGCGUUAGUGUCUGUUAUUGGAUUAGUUAUAAUGGCGACACUAUUUUUGCACGAACUGAGAUAUUAUCUCGCCACAUAUACUGUUCAUCAGAUGUCUGUAGAUUUGAAACGUGGAGAAACUCUUCCCAUUCACAUAAACAUGACCUUUCCUUCUUUACCUUGCGAUGUCUUAAGUGUAGAUGCAAUUGAUAUGUCAGGCAAGCAUGAAGUGGAUCUUGACACAAACAUAUGGAAACUUCGUCUUAACAGCUAUGGCCAUAUCAUCGGCACCGAAUAUCUAUCUGACCUUGUGGAAAAGGAACACGCUGAUCAUAAGCAUGAUCAUGACAAGGAGAAAGAUCAUCCUCAUAUACACGGCUUUGAUCAAGCUGCUGAAAAUUUGGUCAAAAAGGUUAAGCAAGCAUUAGCAGAAGGACAAGGCUGUCGGGUUUAUGGAGUUCUAGAUGUUCAGAGGGUUGCUGGGAACUUUCAUAUUUCAGUUCAUGGCUUAAACAUUUUUGUGGCCCAAAUGAUUUUUGGAGGGUCCAAACAUGUGAAUGUCAGUCACAUGAUUCACGAUUUGUCUUUUGGUCCAAAAUACCCUGGAAUUCACAACCCACUUGAUGGUACAGUUCGAAUUUUACAUGACACAAGUGGGACCUUUAAAUAUUAUAUAAAGAUUGUUCCAACUGAGUAUAAAUAUAUCUCAAAAGAUGUGUUACCUACCAAUCAGUUUUCAGUCACCGAAUAUUUCUCGCCUAUGACUGACUCUGAUAGGUCAUGGCCAGCUGUUUACUUCUUAUAUGAUCUAUCACCAAUCACAGUGACCAUCAAAGAAGAAAGACGAAGUUUUCUCCACUUCAUAACUCGGCUUUGUGCUGUAUUAGGUGGUACCUUCGCUGUAACAGGAAUGCUAGAUCGUUGGAUGUUUCGGUUUCUUGAGGCUCUGACAAAACCAAAAAGAAGUGCAAUGCGUUAAGACUUAUUGGAGGUUUCAAUCUCCGUGAAAACAUUUGUUCAUCAGCAAAAGAAACCUGAUGCUGAAAUGCUAAGAAUAGAUCCUCAAGCAUCCGAGCGUGAAUGUGGAAAUUUAUAAAGGUGGAGGCUACUGAUGCUAAACUAACUUUUGGGCUUCUUUGGUGGAAAGGAGUGCUUGAACAAAAGUGCUUGUAUUUCUCCUAAAAUUUUUCCCCCACUUUCUAGUUGCAAGUGAAUUAGUGGAUGCCUCUGUUUUUCUUUUCUCUAGUUUUCAAAGAACUACACGGGGAGGAGGGAUUAUUGUACAAUUAUUUUGAUAAUUCCAAGGCAGUCUGUCAUCUGUUAUUGCUUCAUUGUCUACGUACAAUCCAUAUGGUUUUAAUUUAUGAUAUCAAAUACCGAUUCCUAUGAAA